GUAGCUUUUGAGACCAACCCAAAUCCUGCAUUAUUACUGUUGUUAUUAUUUAAAAACCAAACUUGAUCAUUAUUGAACCCACAUUCCUAAUUGGCGAUGACAGCGUUACUUGUCGUUUUGUAGUAGAUCUAUGCUUUAGUUAUAACCUCAAAAAAUUCAAAAAUAUUUUUACAAGUUUUAAACAUUCGGCAAUAUUUUGCUUAUGUGAAUGUGUUUAGGGUGUAAAGAAAAAAUUGUGCAACUUUAUAUUAUAUUUAUUAUAUAUAUAUUUGUGUAUAUUAUAUUAUAGAGAUGGAAGCUUUGAGGCCAAAUUUGCAAGAACUUCAAUUCUGCAUGAAAGAUCCUAGAUGUAUCAGAAACGUGUGUAUUUUGGCACAUGUAGAUCAUGGAAAAACAACGGUGGCAGAUUUAUUGUUAGCUACCAAUCGUUUGAUUGGUAAGCGUUUAGCUGGAUUUCUUAGGUAUUUAGAUGAUCGACCAGAUGAACAGCAGCGAGGAAUUACAAUGAAGAGUAGUACAGUGUCCUUGCUAAAUGUGAUUUAUGACGACGAUACUCACAAAAAUCGCACAGUACUCCUGAAUUUAAUUGAUACCCCUGGGCAUAUCGAUUUUUCUUCUGAAGUUGGUGCUGCGUUAAGGGUUUGUGAUGGAGCAAUUAUUUUGGUCGAUGUUGUAGAGGGAGUUUGUGUACAAACGCGGGAAUCUAUCAGCAAAGCAUUUGAAGAGCAAGCUAAAAUGAUUUUGGUCAUCAAUAAGUUGGACAAGCUUAUUACUGAAUUAGAAAAAAAUUCUAAUGAAAUUUUUCAAUGCAUUUUAAGAGUUAUUGAAGAUUGUAAUGCAUUUAUAGCUGAACUGUAUCAAUAUGCCUACUUGGAUAACGAUAUUGAUAUUGAAGAUACAGGUCUGUUAUUUAGUCCUCACUCAGGAAAUAUUAUAUUUGCCAGCGCCGUAGAUGGGUGGGGGUUCACUACUAAGCAAAUUGCCAAAAUGUUUAUAAACCUUGUCAGAAAUGAAACAGUGGACACUCUUAAUGAAAAAUUGUGGAACUUUGACUUGUAUAUCGAUUCCAAGGGAGACAUUAGAUCUGGGGCAAUUGAUAAAAAGAAAAGUAGUCUCUUUGAACAAUUUUGUAUAAAACCAAUUGAACAUUUAUAUCAGACUAUUGUUAUUCGUUCAGAGAAGGAUAAAAUACCUAAGUUUCUUGAGAAGUUAGGUAUAAGCAAUCCAUCUAGAGACAUGCUACACAAUAAUGAUAGUAAAACACAAAUUCGCGAAAUUUUAUCCCAUUGGAAGCCUUUAGCAGUGACUCUAUUGCUUCAGUGCAUUAGAAUUAUCCCAUCGCCACAUCAAAUAGAUAAAAAUAAGGCCAUAUACUUGUUAAAUCUGAACCGGUAUAUUGAAGAUCCUUAUAUAAGUAACUGUAUUCAAUCAAUUUUCCCAUAUUUUGAGAAUUUGCCAACUGAAGCAAACGUGCCAGUAGUAGCUUAUGUCUCAAAAAUGUUUUGUGUAAAUAAAAAAAACUUGUCUCAACAUGCUCCAAAACAAUUUCUUCCCAAACCCCGAAAUGCUUUGCAACCAACAGCUGAAAUAAUGAAAACAACAACUUCAGCUACUGAAAUAUUAGACGAGGAAGGUGCUUUUACUGAUGAUAUUGCGGUCAUUGGAUUGACUCGCGUUUUCACGGGAACACUUACCAUAGGUCAACAAAUAUUUUGUUUAACUGCUGGUUAUCUUCCCAAAGAGGAGUUAUUAUACAAUGUUGACGAAUUAAUUUCAAAAAAUAAAUGUAUCAGUUUAACAACAAUUAAGGAAUUGUAUAUGCUGAUUGGCCGGGACUUGGUGUUUGUCGAAUCUGUUCCUGCAGGGAAUAUUUGUGGAAUAGGAGGUAUUGAAGGCCAUGUGGUACGAACGGCAACUCUAUCUACUAAAGCUGACAUUGUUCCAUUAAUAGAGCAUCCUUCUCCGCCUCCUGUUGUAACUCACGCAGUCGAACCAGUUAAUCCUAAGGAUUUACCAAUUUUGCGCAACGGUUUAAAGUAUUUGAUGCAAAGUGACUCUUGCGUGCAAGUUAUGGUACAGGAAUCUGGCCAAAUGGUCAUUCAAACAGCGGGGGACGUUCACUUAGAUAAAUGCAUCGAAGAUUUGACUUCUAAGUUUGCUAAAAUUAAAAUUCAAGUGUCAAGUCCGAUGGUGUCCCUCAGAGAAACUGUUAUCGGUCAAUUAAACGAAAAUAUGGAAGAAAUAAGUGUAAUCACAUCAAACGCACGGAUGUCAAUGUAUAUUGUUAGUUUGCCUCCAAUAAUUGUAGAGACCCUAAAAAACAACCAUGAAUUUUUGACAAUGAUCGAAGAGCACCAGUCAGGAAGCUUAAUUGACAUCAUACGAAAAUUCAAUGCCAGUUCCAACGAAAAGACAGUCAAGCAAAAGACAUUUAAAAAUGACGUAACGAAUCGUUCCUUGAAAUUCGUUCAAGAUCAGUUAAAAUCAGCAUUUUCAUCUUGCGAGAUUCCGUGGCGCCAAUUAACAGAAAAAAUUUGGAGUGUCGGCAAAGAUAAAGACUGCGUGAACCUACUUAUAAAUGAUAUUGACGAUUACACUCAGAAUAUAUUCUUAGAAGCAAAUAUCUGCGAUAAAAGGACCUUAUUGGCAAAUUGUAUUAUUAAUCAAUUUCAUAGUUUUUGUAAGGCAGGACCUUUAUGCGAAGAAUCUUUAACAAAUUGCGCUUUUAUAACAAAAAGCUUCGAAUUAUUGAAAGAUAUUUUGCCUGAAGAGAUCACACCCCAGCUCGUGUCUUCCGAAGAAUCGGCGCUUCGUGGCUUGAUGAAAAACUGUUUUGACAAGCAAGAGCAACGUUUAAUGGAACCAAUUUAUACCACAAGCAUACAGGUCACCACAGCUGUUUUAGUGCGCGAGCACGACUCGGGUCAAGUCCAAAAUACGGAACCUGCACCUAUGCAGUUGCUAGAGAUGACGAAAUUUAAUCUUCAGAGAGACUUCGUAUAUCGUCGUGCAAUUUUUUUAUAAAAAGGUCCGUUGUUUUUGAAUUAUAAAUAUUCAUUUAUUAAUACGAGCCCGCUUCCUAGGCUUCUUUUGCGUGUGUUGUACCUCGGCAAUCACGUUGCUUCCUAGAAAAAUUAUAGGUUGCUUCCUCCUCGAUUUGCUUGGAAAGGUCAAGCACGGUGGGUUGAAGGAAAAGGCGUGAAAGCAAGUUCGAAGAAACGUAAGCGUCUGAAAUGUUCAGCUAUUCAAAAAAUGCAAAUAAUGGAACAAAAAUUUAAAAAAAAAAUGUUUCAGUUUUAAUUAUGUCAAAAUAUAUAAUUUCGUGAAAAUCUGAACUUUUAGUUCUUAUUUAUUUUGAAUUAUUUUAAUUCCUAAACGAAACAUAGUUGGACGAGCAGAUUCUUCUUCUUGCCCGUGUAAAUUCGCAACGAUAUGGUUUUCAGGAGAGCUCCAGACUAUAUUCGAGAUCUGUUAAUUGAAGUGUAUAAUUAGAAUUUGCAUAGGCUAGCGUGAUGCAUAUCAAAGUAUAAUGCCCAGGAGUGCACUCGAGCUUGUCGUGGUUGAUCUUCUUGUUGCUUCUUCGGUUCUCGUUCUAACUUGGCUCAGGUCAUUGAGCUAAAGAUACGAAUUAAUAGAAGGGUACCAUCGAUUGCAACUGUACGAAACACCAACGCGGCCCGAUAAAUCGUAAAUAAAACGAUUUUCUCAUUUUCUUCUCGGUUUCUAUUUCAAUUUUCGUUUUGGUUCAUCCUUAAAUCCUAUUUUUGUCGUUAAUUUCCAUCGAUUGUUACUGUAUCGAGACAGUGACGAUCAAUGUCAAAAAAAAAUAAUUUUAAGUGGCAUAUAUAUGUUCGAUUGUUAAUUAUUACGAUAAAAUCUCUAUGCGGAGUAGUAAUGUAAACUGAGAAAAUAAAGGCAAAUGAAAUAACACAUCGUGUUCGUUUUCCGGGUUUCGCGUGUCUAUCAUAAUACGUCUUGCGAAUAUUGGAUGACUGUCAUUAUAAAUUAUUCUUGCACAAGUCAAAUCGAAGGUUUAGUUCGGACAUCGAAUACACACUGCGUUGCGCUCGUAUAAUGACUUCGUACUCUUCAAAAAAAAAGUUUACAUAGUCAAUCAUGCGAAGAAAUUGAAGUCGUAUCUGAAAAAUACACGAGCAGGGCGGAUGUGCGUAUACAGGGUGAUUCCUAAGGAAUAUUUACGGAGGAGCUUAGAUGGGUCGAGAUAAGAAUUAAAUUGUUUAAAAAGGGAGGUCCGAAAUUGGGUUAUUGUACCACGGAAGUUUAAAACCGCCCUUAUUCUUCCCUUGUUCUUCUGGGAUUGGGCAUACGUUCGUCAGUAAGGUCUAAACCAAUAACGGCGAAAAAAAAACUUCCAAAAGCCAUUAAGGAGGCGUCAUCGGUCAAAGUUCAAAGUAGUGGUUUAUGAAGGGAUAUUGGAUAUCUAUUUUUAGUAUUAUGCAUCGAGGUCAUAGAUAAAUAAGGAAAAGAUUUGAACAUCACGGAGUUUUGAUAAAUUAAACAACCAUACUUUCAAAUAAAUUAUCUGUAUAGGUACCGCGGUGCACGCAUAAGCCAAGCGUCCUUAAUUUCUUGUGCUAAAUUGUCAGUCGUCACGAUUUUGAUUGUAUCGCGAGUCGUUUGAUAAGGGCAAUUUUCAUGGAAACAUGAUAUAAGACUCUUCUUUUUGUUUCCGUUAAUUAUCGCUUUCUAGUAUGCGAGUUGUGAGAAUAAUAUUUAAAAGAUGUUGAACUUUAACUAAAACAUAAAGCAAUUGAGAUUUCUCUCGCAUGCGGUCACAGUAACAUAAUAACUCAAAUCACCUCACACACAACAUAACUGCCUUUUUUCAUUCUUUUAUCCACAGAUUAAAUAGUAUUAAGGAAAUUGCAUUUCACGAUGAUUACGAUUCCUCUUUGAUAGAUAAAAUUUUAACUGAAAAACAGUUUCAUAUAAUUCGAAACUCUAUUUACCCCGUAUUAAAUACCGAUCCCAAAUUUCGAAACAUCUCUCUGAAUGUGGUCUCAAGAUUUCUUUUAAAACUGAAAACACUGUAGGAAAAUAUUUAAAAAAUCAUAAAACUAAAUCACAAUUUCUCAAAAAUCCAGAGUUUAUAGGUUAAAUCGUGGAUGAGGUAAUUAACAUUUAUAUGGAACAAGAAAAGUUCGGAUUCUAACUAUGUCAUUCAUUUCAAUUCAGAAAUGCACAAGUUCGAUAAUAAUUUUGAUAUUUUACAUGGUCCAUCAAAAUGUCAUAAAUUAAGCUUGGAAACUACGUAGGUUAACAAAACGAGACACUCUAAUGUAUUACUUAAUGAUUUCGAUGGAUCUCCGUUGCUAAAUCUAAAUUUACAUUUAAAAACCCUACAAUAACUGUAAUUAUGAAUUCAUUAUCACCCCUUUUAUAAUUACAGACCGUCAUAGCUGUCAUAUAGCAAUUAAUAAUAUUUAAAAAUCUGAAUACCGUUUGUUGUCAAUAAUUUGAACAUAAAAUACACGUUCUAUUGUCAUAUACGCGCUUUAGCCAAAAAUAAGAGUGUUUAAAAAAAAUCAAGUGCAAAUGAAAAAAAUUACUUGAUUUUUUUCUGAGGUGUUAGUAAAUGGGCGUGCGGGUCGGAAUUUUUAAUUGAAAAAUGUCAUAUUUGUUUAAACCACGUACCUCAGUAGGUACAAAUUAACAAAGGCCGCAAUCAAAUCUGCCCAAGAAAGAUUCUAAUCUGGUUCACGUUCAAAUCAAAAUGAAAAUCUUAACCGUAAUACAGGCUUUGCUCUCAAACGCGCUUGUUUUGAAAUUGCAGAGCGUAAUGUUAAGGAAGUCGUUAAGGCGUUUAAUCAACCCAUUAAUAUAAAACACGCAGACGUUCGGGCUUUUUGGUUUACCGUGAGAAUGUCGUUUCCCAAAACACACCGAAGCUAGCUGAAAAAUUAAGCGAGCAACUCACCUGGCUUAUGU